CGAUUGAGGGAGAGAGAGAGAGUUUCUACCACCAAUAUCUCUUCUUCUUCACUUUUCCACACAUUGUCUAUUCAGAUUCGUCGACCCUUUUUCGGAAGCAGCCGCCGCGUUUUUUUUGUUUGACUUGUAGAAAUGGUGUUUCCGGAGAACACGAACUGGCUCAGUGAUUACCCUUUGAUUGAUGGUGUUUUCUCUCAUCAUAGUCCCAUUUUCCCUUGGCAGAUCGAUGGCUCAGCUACUGUCACUGUUGAAGAAGUUGAUGGCUUCCUUUGUGAUUCGGAUGUGAUCAAAGAACGUGGCUCAAAGAAGAGCGUCAAAUCCGAAUCUUAUGCUGGUCCUAGCUCGAAAGUGUGUAGGGAGAAACAAAGACGCGAUAAGCUAAAUGACAAAUUUACGGAAUUGAGUUCCAUAUUGGAACCUGGGAGAGCUCCGAAAACAGACAAGGUUGCUAUCAUCAAUGACGCUAUCCGCAUGGUGAAUCAAGCAAGAGACGAAGCACAGAGAUUGAAAGACUUGAAUUCAAGCCUCCAGGAGAAAAUCAAGGAGUUGAAGGAUGAGAAGAACGAGCUGCGUGAUGAGAAACAGAAGCUGAAGAUUGAGAAAGACAGAAUCGAGCAGCAACUCAAAGCGAUCAACACACAGCCUUUGCCUGCUCAACCUUGUUUCUUACCAAAUCCACCAACACUGUCUCAGGCUCAAGCUCCAGGAAGCAAGCUUGUCCCUUACACAACUUAUCCUGGCUUUGCCAUGUGGCAGUUCAUGCCUCCUGCUGCAGUUGAUACCUCACAGGACCACGUCCUUCGUCCUCCGGUUGCUUAAAACUGCUCUCUCUACUAUUGACGGUCUCCUUUUCUGAUGUAGACAAUCCUAUGCAAACUUGUAUUGUGUGAUUUAUGAUCAUCAUGUGAUUAAUUUGCAUGUAAAAUGGAAAUAAGCAUGCACUAAUUGUGCAAAAUGUUGUAAACUUUUGAAAUUAUGGUUCUACAGCUUGUGGAUUUUAUGAUCUUAAA